UGUGAAUCAACUGUCGUAAAGCAAAGCGAAAGAUCUUUCUGACAUCGUGCCAGAAGGCAAGCACCGCCACCAGAUGAGAGUUUUCUUGCGUCCUUAUUGGUGUUCGGUCGAUUAUGGGUUUGACGGAACACCUGCCCGAUCUCACCAAUCCAGGUCCGUUUUGAUCAAAACUCACACAUACAUAUAUACACACACGACGUCAUGUACACACAGACACAGUCAUCCCCACACAUCGGCCACCCUCAACUCAUCAACACACACACACAGCUUCAGCGUAACCUCUCGUCCAAAUCGAGCUUGUCAGAACUCAUUGCCUCUCUCGCGCUGAUCCUCUUCCCUCUUCGGAGGGGGAUCAAGACCUGCACACACACGAACACGCAUUAGAAUAGGUACCGACUCAGAAGAAGCUCAGAGAGGGGAUUAGGCUCCCACCAAUGAGCUUGAUUAGAAUGGAUGCGAUGAAACGGGGGAAGACCCACUCGAUCCAUUGCGAUGCCUUCCACACAUACGAACUGGCCUUGCCGCCAUAGCCACCUAACAACAAACACAGCCGGUACAUCCAUGCUGGCAGGCAGGAGAGCAUGUCUCCUUCAUCGACCGUGUGUGAUGCGAGUCCUAUAGUAGCUGUCCACCUACACGAGAAAGGAUGCAUGCAUGCAUGCAUGACCACAAGAGACGUGCAUUUGGAUCAGUACUUGCUUACCACAAUGGCGAUGAAUACAUUGAGCAGGAGAAAGAGUACAGCAAAAAUGAAGAGACACUGCACAUAGAGGCGGGUACACAACAGGUCAUAGGUGCAGCAGCAUUCAUUGCUCCUUCUUUUGUCUCCUCACCGCAUAGACAGAAGUGAAAGGCCUCCAGGUCUGGAUCAAGCCAUGCAUGUCCAUUUGCCUGCAUUCAAGGGCGAGCAGACAAUACCAUAAGCGUGCGUUCCUUGAGCAGUGUCUCACCCCUGUAGCUGAACCACCACAGCCAAAAGCGACAUCUGGAAAGUUGAAAAAGUCGACCGAUGCUGACCCUGAAAAAGACACACAAGCAAGCGAAAGUCGUUCGUGUAGGCUCUCGGACUGAUCAGUUUGCUGACCCAGAUUGCAAAAGCGACGAACGUACAGCCCAGCAGGAUGGGAACAAAGAUGAACAAAUACCAGAAGAAACGGCCGACGGAGACAGCCAAGGUGGUCCACACCACAUAGCCCUGCACACCACACACAGGAGACACAAUCAGCAGCGAGAAGGCAGCCCACAGAAGGUAAUGAGCUGACCAUUCUGGAGAGGCGGACAAACGACACAAGACGCACGUACAGAAAUAGAAGAAAGACGGCCUCCAGCAUCCAGAGACUCUCGUAGUAAGCGCUCUGUGUCGCCCAGCUGCGGAACGUGCCCUUGGACCGCUCGAUGAUGUCAGUCGACGGCGAAUUGAAAUACAGCACCUUGACGAAGCCGAGGGCGAUAAAAAUGAGGGAUAUGCAGAGGUCGAUGAUGCCGAUAUCCGUCGUGAAAUACCGCCACCCUGCACAGACACGGCACCAAAGGUGUCCAUGCAUGGGCAGCGUCUCUGAUUGGCUAGUAAUGCUAAUUACACGUCUGUUUUCUCCUCAUUGUGUCUCUGACGGCGAUGGUGUUGAUGACAAUCGCAACAUAGAGCACCAGCACAAGGCGGAUGACCUCAAUCACCUUUGUCGGCUCGUCCAUGCUGCUCUCGGCGACGUGCGUCUGCAGACAACACCCACACGGUGCACGGGUGAUGCGGUUCUGUUGCUUUUGUGUACUCUGAAAAUGCGUAUGAUCUGUGACGCCACGACCACACCGGAUGGAGGGAGUUCGAAGAGAAAGCGACAGGACAGGCUGACAGAGAAAGGAAUGGCAAAAAGAUGCGCAAGUCAUACAGACGUUCCCCCCUUCCUUCGCUCACCCGUAUCUGUAGUUGGGAUUGUAUGUUGUGAAGUCGACGUCCACCAGCCGGCUGCUGUCGUCGAUCCAGUCCACACGAGACAAGGUACCCAUCAGCCUGACAUGCAUCCAGGGGUGUGUGUUGCAUAGUGCGACUUCUCCUCCCGGCUCACCCGAUGAAUGUGUCAGGGUCUGUGGUGAGCAUGGGGACGUCAAGGGCGUACCCAGACGCGUCAUACGUCUGCAGCCAGCCCCUGAACAAUGCAAUGCUCCCAGUGACACGUGUUUGCGUCAGCAUCCUCUCUCACCUGCUGCCGCCAACCCCUGACGACUUCCUCGCCGUCUUUGCAGUAACAAACUUGUUCGGCGACGCACAGCCAAGGCCAUUUGAGAAGCAAUCACUUGGGAGACUCACUGCGGACAAGGAGAGGGCCAUACUUGACGACAAACACGACGUGUAGCAUGCAUGCGGACCUACAUUCAAAGUCGAGGUCGUCGGCCAUCAUCGAGUUGCUGUCGACAUACGGCGAACCGCACUCUAGAAGGCGAAGGUAUAUAAAGCGAUUCGAGUGAUGGCAGCAAUCGUCGUGUCUCCUACGUGUGGCGACGUCUUUGAGGCCCUUCCUCUUGCAGUCGUCAUUCUUCACCCGCUGCUGCCUCAAGCGCAUCAGACCAACAGGCGCCUGGUACCUGCACACACGCACAUGUGCGUAUGCUUGUGGAUGCCACUCUUUCUGAGCGAGUACCGUCUCAUGAAGCUUUCGUCAUCCAACAAAACGAAUGGCAGCGUAGUGUUGAGCCAAAGCCACACGUGCAUCGGCCGCCGGACGGUCCUCAAGGACUGCGUCAGAAUGCCCUGCUGUGGGAGGUACUGUGAGGUGACAAACUGGUCGCGGACGGCCUGCGUCACCCAGUACGUGUCACCAGGGGGAUUUUGCAGAAAGAACAGGGAUGUUGAUAGGGCGAUGAGCAGAGCAAUCACACACAGGUCGCGCAGCUUGACAGUGGCUAAGUGGGCAGUCCUGCUCUCAUCCUGCAGGGUCCAUAAGUCAUGCAGUCCUGAUGCGAGAGCAAAAGAUAGCAUUGCGUGCAUGCUCAGUACUGAAUCCUUUCCCUCACCUGGGAAUUUCUCGAGGAGGUUUCUUGUAUCCUUUUCCUCUUCUUGCUGCUCCUGCUGUUCCCUCUUCCUCUUAUCUUCAUCCUCCUGGCCGUAGUUCGGGUCGAGGAAGGCGAAUGGGUCGAAGUCAGGUAGAGCCAUGCUGAAGAGCUCCUGAACGUGAGCAGCAGGAGCCAUGAAUGCAAGGAGGUUUGUCUCCUGUGUGAACAUGUGUCAUUUGUACUCUUUUUGAGCCUUUUGUUUUGUCUCGUGUCUCAAGCUGGUAGAUGGCGUCGACGGUCAGAUCGCGAUGGUGCAGGAACAACUUUGCCUCACCAACCGCAUUGUCGCCGUACCAAAAGAAUUGCUGACGACGAGACACGUCACCCACAUGAAUCACCCUAUGACUCGAUGACUCGACCACCUCUGAUUACCUGCACGUUGUCUUCGGCAUCUUCCACCUGUGUCCUUGCGCCUGUCGCGUGGAAGCCUGGCCUCUCGUUGACGUCUUCUGGCAUUCUGGCCACCAAGUCAUUCUCCAGCAAAUAGUCCAGCUCACUCACACCCCAAUACUCACACGCAUCUAUCACACACAUGCACAUGCGAUCAAUAUGACUGCAUCGCUGUAAACAACUGCCGCUGUCUCCCAAAGUCACCCCUUUUUAGCUCGGACAGCGUUGUGCUCGCCUCGACUUUGUAAGAGAGGUGAUACUUGACGUCCACCGAUUCGAUUGGGUAGAAGAGCACCAGCACCGUGUCGACGCAGUUGCGCUGCAUCUCGCGCUGCGCCUCUUCUUGACGCCGCCUGGCACUGCAUGACAGCAAGACGAUACAGAAUGCAGAGUGCAGCAUAGGCCCUCACUUGCGCGCCACUUCUGUCUUUGUGCGCGACAGCGGAGAGAAUGACUGCUGGGUUGCCAUAGCAUCGCCUUCCUCUUCCGCCUGGGGAUUCAAGGCAGGGAUCCUUCACCAAUUCAUGCAUCACACACACACACACACACACACAGAGAGAGAGAGAGAGAGAGAGAACACAACGCCUGCCUGUAUGUCGAAUGCAAGCCACCUUUGUCUCAGUAGCUGAGUGAAGACUUUGCGUGCAUGUCUUUGCCGCUCCAGCUCCCGCCGGUCAUUCUCGCUCUGCGCCGCCGCGCUCACCUUCUGACCCUCCCUCUGACAACAUAAAGAUGGAGACGCCGAGAGACAGAUCUCUCCUCCGGUGUACCCACCCGCAGCUCCUCUAUGUGCAGCCUCUCCUUGACGAAAUUGAGCUCCUCCUCGCGGCCCGCCAGCUCUGUCUGUAGAUUUCGCAGUUGAUCCUGUCACACGCGAACAACACAAAAUGCGACACACGGCCGCAUCGACUGCCCUGCUGUGGAUGGACAUGUGGAGCAGGCCUUUACUUGCAGGCGGUCGAGUGUCUCCUGUCUUCGUUUCCUCUCCGCAUCGCUCUUGAGGAUCUGCUCCCGCACGGAGGCGAGCGUCGCCUCACUCACUGAUUCGUCAGCUGCUGACGGCUGCAUCCUUAUCAAGUGUGGUGAGCAGCCUUAGACGUUGACACGUCUUCUUGCU